AUGACUGACCUAGAUAUAGUUUCGAUUGCGCACGCUUUACUGCGGAGGGAAGACAAUGAUGACCAUGAUCAUGACCAUGACCAACUCAGCCUUGAAGGAGAAGUUCAUUCACAUGGCCAUUGCGGUGACGGAAACGAAUACGAUGGAAAUGAUGGACUCCGUGUAGCCUCAAUUUUCGUUAUCCUAGCCGCUUCUGCACUUGGUUCAUACUUCCCAGUUUUAUCAUCCAAGUAUUCAUUCGUCCGUUUUCCAAGUUGGUGUUUCUUCAUUGCAAAGUUCUUUGGCUCGGGUGUGAUUGUAGCUACUGGUUUUAUUCAUUUAUUAGAUCCCGCGAUAGAUACUCUAAGUGGAGAAUGUUUAGGUGGUACUUUUGAAGAUUAUCCUUGGGCACUUGGUAUUUGCAUGAUGUCAUUGUUCAGUUUGUUCUUUGUUGAAAUAAUCACUCAUCAUUAUGUUCACAAAGCAACUCAUUCAAGCAAUUUGCUAUCUGAUGAUGAGAGUAUUAAGAAAGAAGGCGAGCCUGCACAGGCUUCCCCUAGGACAGAUGUCUCAGCAGGUCAUACAGGGUCACUUCCUGGUGAACAACACUUUGGUCAUGACGAUUUCCACCAAGAUGUGGAACAAGCAAAUUCUAAAGCUAAUGAUAUGGAGAAGGAGCAGUACUUUAAUCAAUUGAUAGCAUUAUUUAUCCUUGAGUUUGGUAUUAUAUUCCACUCUGUGUUAGUCGGUUUGGUGCUUGCAGUAACCGCAAGCAACGAAUAUGUUACUCUAUUUGUUGUAUUAGUAUUUCACCAGUUCUUCGAAGGUUUGGGGUUGGGCGCUCGUAUAGCUGAAGCCAAAUGGUCUAGAAGGGCGAUAACGCCAUGGGUAUUAGCUGCUGGGUUUGCUAUUUCAACUCCACUUGCUACUGCAAUAGGACUUGGUGUUAAGUCUACGUAUGACCCUGCGUCUAGAACAGCCAAAAUCGUGAGUGGUGUUUUCGAUUCAUUAUCGGCGGGUAUUUUAAUAUAUACAGGGCUAGUGGAACUAAUGGCACAUGAGUUCUUAUUUUCUAACUCAUUUAAGGGUGAAGGAGGUUUCCGCCGUAUGAUGUAUGGUUUUGGUUUAAUGUGUCUAGGUGCAGGAUCAAUGGCACUUCUGGGUAGAUGGGCGUGA